AAAAGCCAAUCAUCAUUAUUUGUGACUCGAUGAUAACCUUUCGGGGAAAGGCAGCAAUUUUCUUGUUAUGGAAUAACGACCCGAAUACUUGCUGAUAAUAACAAGUUGUCAGUGUUGUAUUAAGAACUUUUCUAAAAUGGCCUUGUUCGAGGAUUCCUUUGACCCUCUGCGAGUUGAAGAACACGAUCCUUAUUGGAAGGAGGUCGAACCUUACUUUCGACCUUUUCAUAAGACUGAUGUAGCGUUUUUAAAAUCUCUUAAAACUUGUGGUGGCAAUGACCCAUACUUGGAACUUCCUCCAGUUGGGGGUUAUCAACACCCCGACCGCAACUCGGAACAAGGUUUGGCCGAAAGAAAACAAGCAACCUUGAACAGUUUCCCCUUUACCCAACGAGUGGUUGCGGCCCUCAUUGACACUGGAGAUGGUGAUUCUAUAGCGUCAACUACUACAAAGAUUAAAGGAAGUUCGCAAGAAGAACCGCUUUGGAAAGGUUUUAGUGAUAGAGACACACAAAGAUAUUAUCAAGAAGUAUUUGAAGAAAGAAUUAAGGAGCAACUUCAAAAGCUGGGUCUCCUUCAACCUGAAGACGAUGAUUAUGUUCAGUCGAGGAUUAGAGACCUUCAAUGGAGACUGCGUACUGCCAAACAUGAUGCAAGAAUUCGAAGAACAAACUUGUUAAAUAAGGUUUCAACUACUGAAACGAAGAGGCAGGCGAGUGCGAGAGAGAUCAAAGCUCAUAAUGACGACCUGGAAAUUCUCUAUUUGGUUCAUAUGUUUCGAAAAUACAGGAAAAACAAAAAGUACAAAACUCGUUUUCAGAAAUUGUUAAAUAGUAUGUUUCCAGCAUGUAGAGGAUGGAAAGAAGCAGAUAUAGAAAACUUCCGAGGAAAGAAGUUAACGGCCAGGGCCACUUCGAAAAAAUCGGCGUAUGCGUCGAAAACUCAUGCACCGAAGGAAGCGAUAGAUCUCCCAUCAAUGUCAGAAGGCCUAAACAGUGCUGAGUCGAUGUCUGAUGUCAGGUCAGUCUCAUAUCCGACACAGAAGCAGUCAGAGGCCACAAAGUCUCAAAGAAAAGCAACUAAAAACAAUCAAGUUGGUUCGUCUUAGUGUCUUAAAAAUUCCACUCUUUCCUUUCUCUUAUUAUAUACCGAUUUGUUAUUGUUUCUUCCGAUGGUAGUUAAUCAUCUAUAUCACCAAAUGAGGACUUUGCCACAUCAUCUUGAUUACUUCACUUUUCAGAUUGGAGAUGUUUUCCGCUUCGGUUUAAUGUAAAUGAAUAUUUUAUGAGUAGGAAAGAAAUGUUUUACAAUUUUAAUAUGGAGGCAAUUAAAAUAAAAUCGAUCUUUUUUCAUCAAUGAAAAGGCGAAUUAUUAUCAAAUAUCAAUUUUCAGUAUAGCUUUAGUUGAGAGACUGAAAGCUAUUAAAGCCAUCUUUUUUUAAAAUAAAUCAAGUAUGUAAGCGUAGUUUUGAAUACCUGUCAAAACAUUAAAAUAAUGUAUAGCCGUCAAAUAAUAUAAAUCUCUCUGAGCUUAUUUCUUUGUAAAAAUCUGUUUUAUUGGAGUCAAUUUAAAUUUUUGCUUUUUUAAGUAAAAAACGAUUUCAAUUUAUCGAUCUUGUGUUAAAAAAUUAAUAAUGAACUGUGCUUACGUUCUUUGUAUAAAUUCGUUUUCUCUUGAACGUAGAAAUAUUUCGAAACGUUAAUUCUACCUUUUGCCAGAUUGCUCUUUUUCUCUUUGAUACCUUUCCAAAAAUUAACAAUAUUAUAAAUUUAUAAUUUAUCCU